AUGGCUGUACACUCAAGACCAGUCUCUAUUAAAGAGAGAACACUUUCUUUUCCUUCAAUAUUACUGGCCUUAUAUAAUCUACAGUUGUACACACACCCCCUGAGAACAAAAGCGAUAACUGCUGGGAUAUUAACAGGUUUACAAGAAUUUUUGGCACAGGAAUUGAGUGGAACUAAGAGCAAGAGAAAAGGAAAAGCGAAGGAAGAUGAUAAAUUAACGUUAUAUGAUGUAAUUGACGAAAGGGUUGCCAAACUGGCGUUAUAUGGUUUUUUCAUUAGUGGACCACUUAAUCAUGGUCUUUUCGAGAUUUUAAAUAGAAUUUUUAAAAACCGUACUGGUAGUGGAGUCAAAUUUUUACAAAUCUUAGUGACUUUAUUGAUUAUCCUUCCAAUUCAAAAUACCGUUUAUUUGGCGGCCAUGGCAUACAUUACUGGUAUGAGAGCCCCUGAACAAAUCCUGACAUCAAUAAAAAAGUCUUUAUUGCCUAUAAUGAAAAUGACCUGGAUCGUGUUUCCCAUUGUCCAAACUUUUGCUCAAAAAUUCUUGGAUCCACCACUAUGGGUGCCAUUUUUCAAUUUGGUUGGGUUCUCCCUAGGGUUAUAUGCCUCUACCAAAGCAAAGAUUAAACAGCGAAAACUUUCUGAAGAUGAUCAGUAA